ACAGUCCAAGCCACUUGUAUCACUCUAACAGCCAUGAGCGGGGACCGCUGUUACGUCACGGUCUACCCUCUGAAAUCUCUCCGCCACCGCACACCAAGAGUAGCCAUGAUCGUCAGCAUCUGCAUUUGGAUUGGCUCCUUCAUCCUGUCCACCCCAAUAUUAAUGUACCAGCGUAUAGAGGAGGGGUACUGGUACGGCCCCAGGCAGUACUGCAUGGAGAGAUUCCCCUCAAAGACACAUGAGAGAGCUUUUAUCCUCUACCAGUUUAUUGCUGCCUACCUGCUGCCCGUCCUCACGAUCUCUUUCUGCUACACUCUGAUGGUGAAGAGGGUGGGUCAGCCCACUGUGGAGCCCGUAGACAACAACUAUCAG